GCAACGUGCAGCUCCCGGUCAGACACGACACACGAAGCGUCCGCGGCGCCGGCGAGGACACCGCCGUGCGCUGUUGGCUCGAUCUCAGCAGCCGGCCAAAUCGGUCGUCUACAUCGCGCUGGGGAGCGAAGUGCCGCUGUGCGCGGCGCAGGUGCACGAGCUGGCGCUCGGGCUGGAGCUCGCCGGGACACGCUUCCUCUGGGCUCUGCGCAGGCCCCAUGGCGUAGCUGACGCCGACGUCCUCCCGCCAGGAUUCGAGGAACGCACGCGCGGCCGCGGGCUAGUGGUCACCGGCUGGGCCCCGCAGAUGAGCAUCCUGGCGCACGGCGCCGUGGCCGCGUUCCUCACGCACUGCGGCUGCAGCUCCAUUAUCGAGGGGCUCUUGUUCGGCCACCCUCUCGUCAUGCUGCCCAUGCUCGGCGACCAAGGGCCCAACGCGCGGCUAAGAGCAUCCCCACUCGUCGGAGUGCAGGUCCCAAGAAAUGAAGAUGAUGGAUCGUUCAGCAGGGAAGAUGUCGCGGGGGCGGUACGGGCCGUCCUUGUGGACGAAGAAACGAGGAAGAUCUUCGUGGCCAACGCCAAAAGGAUGGAGGAGAUCGUGGCCGACAGCGAAUGCCAUGAGAAGUACAUCGACGAUUUUAUUCAGAAACUUAGAUCUUAUCAGGCGUGA